GUUAGGAGAGGGUCAUUUAAUGGCAUUCUCACCCUCUAAACCACGCUAAUGCUUUUUUUAUUUUCUUCUUGGGGUGUGUAAUUGAGGACAGGGAGUAGUCCCUUAAAUCCUAAGACGUGAAAGCAGACAAGAAGGCCAGAGGCCUUAUUGCAUGUAGAAGAUAAGUGAGACUUGGAGGCGAGGCGUUAGUUACAGCGGCGUGUUACUUUGUCCGAGCCGAGCAGGAAAUGAGGUAUGAAAUCCAUCUUGUUGCCGUGACUCCCCUGCUGCUGUCAUCCCCCCUAUUAUGAAUCUGUCUGAGCUUGCGGGAGCGAAAACGAAGGAGGGAGUUAGCGGGGAAGGAGAGAAGGAAUGUGCUCGGUCUUCGUCAUGUGACUUUGUUUUGAUUCCCUUUUUAUAGACUUUCAGAACGAUAGCAUGUGAACAAUCACGGGCUGUUAGUAGAUUUUUCCUAACCCUUUUGAACUAGUCAUGCCUCUUCUCUUGCCUUUUUUUUCAUUCUCCUGGGCCAGCCGCAUACUUUCCCUCGACUUUUUUUCCCCCCUUUCUAUUCUGGAUGAGUCCGGUCCAAAUGCAUGAAGCAUGAGUCAGUGAAGUUGCCGCCUAUGUUACAGGCAAAGCGGGAGGAGUGGGGACUAAUGGACAAGAAGAAAUGUUUACUUGACCUGUCAGCGGACACUCGCGAGGGAUAAACUUAAGCAGCAGCGCUUGAGCCCGUGGCGCGUUCUCUUUCCUCCUGAGGGAAAGACGACCAAAGCUGGGGAGAGGAAGCCGGAGGAGAGCAUGUGUGCGCGCACCACUGAAGGACAGAGCAUGUGAACGGGGGGGUUACCUGGAGAGAAAGACGAGAGACAAAAGGAGAGUUUAGCCUGACGAGCUAGCCUAACUGUUGCCCUGAAGGUGUCCCGAAUGAAUGUGGGUGAGUAGAGGAGUAGCGGCUGGAGGUAGGACGUCCAUCCUUUUCGCGGCAGACGAGAAGGAGAAGGAGGAGGAAGGAGGAGGAGGAAGUCAUCCUGCAGGAGUGCCGAGCUAGGACAGAGGAUGAGGAUGAGAUACAGAGGCAGGGAGGUGGGGGGCGAGGGAGGGGCGCGGCUGGCCAUGGAGAGCGCCCUGAGCGCCCGCGACCGUGUGGGGGUGCAGGACUUUGUGCUGCUGGAGAACUACAACAGCGAGGCGGCCUUCAUCGAGAACCUGCGGCGGCGCUUCAAGGAGAACCUCAUCUAUACUUAUAUCGGGGCGGUGCUGGUGUCGGUGAACCCCUACAAGGAGCUGGAGAUCUACUCCAAGCAGCACAUGGAGCGCUACAGGGGGGUCAGCUUCUACGAGAUCUCCCCCCACAUCUACGCGGUGUCAGACAACACGUACCGGGCCAUGAGGACGGCGAGGAGAGACCAGUGCAUCCUGAUCUCCGGGGAGAGCGGCGCCGGGAAGACCGAGGCGUCCAAGAAGAUCCUGCAGUACUACGCCACCACCUGCCCCGUCAGCGAGCACAUGACCGCCCUCAGGGACCGCCUGCUGCAGUCCAACCCGGUGCUAGAGGCUUUUGGUAACGCGAAAACGCACCGGAACGACAAUUCAAGCCGGUUUGGCAAGUACAUGGACAUCCAGUUUGAUUUCAGGGGGGCGCCAUUAGGCGGGCACAUCCUCAACUACCUGCUGGAGAAGUCCCGUGUGGUGCACCAGAACCAUGGCGAGAGGAACUUCCACAUCUUCUACCAGCUGCUGGAAGGAGGUGAAGAAGACCUGCUCAAAAGACUAGGCCUGGAGAGAAGCCCUCAGAACUACCACUACCUGGUUAAGGGUAACUGCCCCAGGGUGAGCUCCAUCAACGACAAGAGUGACUGGAAAGCUGUGCGGAAGGCCAUGCAGAUCAUCGACUUCACCGACGGGGAGGUGGAGGAGUUGCUGAACGUCAUGGCCAGUGUCCUCCACCUCGGCAACACCCAGUUCGGGGAGGGCGACGACGGGGAGACUCGCGUCACCACAGAGACGCAGGUCCGAAACCUGUCCAAGCUGCUGGGCGUGGACGGCUCGGCCCUCAGUAAAGCUCUCACUCACAAGACGCUCUUGGCCAAAGGAGAGGAGAUGAUCAGCCCGUUGAAUUUCGAGCAGGCCGCCUCGGCCCGCGACGCCCUGGCCAAGGCCAUCUACGGCCGCACGUUCACCUGGCUGGUGGAGAAGAUCAACCAAUCCCUGGCUCUCAAGGAUGAGGACUUCCCCGGCAGCAAAGGCUCGUCCGUCAUUGGCCUGUUGGACAUCUAUGGCUUCGAGGUCUUCCAACACAACAGCUUUGAGCAGUUCUGCAUCAACUACUGCAAUGAGAAGCUGCAGCAGCUGUUCAUCGAGCUGACCCUCAAGUCUGAGCAGGAGGAGUACGAGGCCGAGGGCAUCGCGUGGGAGCCGGUGCAGUACUUUGACAACAAGAUCAUCUGUGACCUGGUGGAGGAGAGACACAAAGGCAUCAUCUCCAUCCUGGACGAGGAGUGUCUGCGACCAGGCGAGCCCUGCGACUGCUCCUUCCUGGAGAAGCUGAAGGACACGCUGGGAGGCCACGGCCACUUUGUCACUCACAAGUUGGGGAGCGGGAAGACCCGUAAGGCGAUGGCCAGGGACGAGUUCCGUCUGCUGCACUACGCAGGAGACGUCAACUACAGCGUCCACGGGUUUCUAGACAAGAACAACGACCUGCUGUACAGGAACCUGAAAGAGGUCAUGUGCCAGUCAGAUAACCAGAUCGUGACUCAGUGCUUUCACAGAGAGGAAGUGACGGACCAGAAGCGUCCGGAAACGGCUGCCACUCAGUUUAAAAACAGCCUGGCCAAACUGAUGGAGAUCCUGAUGUCUAAGGAGCCAUCCUAUGUGCGCUGUAUCAAACCUAACGAUGCCAAGCAGUCAGGGCGGUUUGACGAGGCCCUGGUCAGACACCAGGUGAAGUACCUGGGCCUGAUGGAGAACCUAAGGGUCAGGAGAGCUGGCUUUGCCUACCGCCGCCGCUACGAAGCCUUCCUACAGAGAUACAAGUCCCUGUGUCCCGAGACGUGGCCUAACUGGCACGGCAGACUGGCCGACGGUGUGGCCGUCCUGGUCAAACACCUGGGCUACAAACCAGAGGAGUUCCAACUGGGAAGGUCCAAAAUCUUCAUCCGUUUCCCCAAAACCCUGUUCACGACUGAAGAUUCCCUUGAAGCCAGGAAGCCAGCCGUGGCUCUGACUUUACAAACGUCUUGGAGGGGAUACAGAGAAAAGGCCAAAUACCACCGAAUCAGACACUCGGUGAUAGUGAUCCAGUCCGGGUGGCGAGGAAUGAAAGCACGGAGGAGAGCCAAGCGACGGCGCCAGGCUGCCGACACGAUCCGCAGGUUCAUCGAAGGCUUCAUCCACCGCCACGAGGGCCGCUGCCCGGAGAACGAGUUCUUCCUGGACCACCGGCGGUUCUCCUUCCUCAUGACCGUGCGCCGGAGCCUGCCCCGGACCGUGCUGGACAAGAGGUGGCCCCCCCCCCCGCCGGCCCUCUCCGAGGUGUCGGAGUGCCUACGCAGACUGUGCAUGCAGAACAUGGUGCGUGCAUACUGCCGGAGGAUACAACCUGAAUGGAAGAAGCAGAUGGAACAGAAGAUGGUGGCCAGCGAGAUCUUCAAGGACCAGAAAGAUUGCUACCCACAGAGUGUCUCCAAACUGUUUGUGGCAUCCAGGCUAGACAACGAGCAGAUCAACCUCAAAGUAGUUCAGACUCUGGGCAACGACAAAGUGAAGUACGGCAUCGCGGUCACCAAGUACGACCGGCGGGGCUACAAGGCGCGGCCCCGCCAGCUCCUCCUCACCGCGUCCUUCGCCGUGCUGGUGGCCGAGGCCAAGCUGAAGCAGCGGGUCGACUAUGCUGCCCUGAGGAGCAUCUCCGUGAGCUCCCUCAGUGACGGUGUUUUUGUUCUGCACGUGUCCAACGACGACAACAGGCAGAAGGGCGACGUGGUGCUCCAGUGUGACCACGUCAUCGAGGCGGUCACCAAGCUAGCCAUGAUGGCCGACAACAUCAACAGUGUCAACGUCAGCCAGGACAGCAUCAGGUUUGCCGUGGCGCGGGGGAGGGAGGGCGUGGUGGACUUCACCAGUGGCUCUGAACUGAGGGUGGCCAAAGGCAAGAAGGGACACCUGGUGGUGACGGCCCCUCAAAUCAACACCAGAUGACCUUGAGGACUUCAAGUUCGUCGUCGACAGCAUUGUUUCUUGCUGUAGCCAAUUUAUUCGCCACUCACAAGUUGUUUUUGCUUUAGGUAUAGAUAUAGAUAUAUCUGUAUAUAUGUGUAUAUAUAUAUACACACACAUACAGAUUUCCCAGCCAUACAAUGCUGGACACAGAUUUAACCACUACACCUGACCAGUCAACAGUUAUUGACUAAACAGCAAAUGAUCAUUUAUAAAUAUUCCAAGGCUUUCUUUGCACUCAAUUAAUAUGCUCGGCAUAAACAUUAUUAAACUAAAUCACACACA